AUGCCGAACAUCGACUUUGGCGGCGAGACCGACUUGUCUCUCUCAGGACAAUGGUCUGAGGACUCGACGACCUACCCUCCUGCACCUGCGCCUGCAGCCUCCGCACAGAUCGAGCGACCUCAGCCAGCCGCUCCUAGCCGUCCACCUCCCCCUGAGCAACACUUGACACCUGAGGAACUGCAGGCGCAGUGGGGCCGCGUCGGCGUGCAAGUGCACGAGAUCGCUGCAGCAUUCUUCGAGAAGUCGAAGAAAACCGUCAUUGGGGACGGUUCGUACCUUGGUUUCGUCAAUGCUGUUAUUGGCCAGGUGCCCAACGCCGUGCAACCGACGGGCGCGCUCGACUCGUUUGGUUACCUCGUCUAUAGUCAGUCGGCAGCCGCGGUGCAGAGGCGUGUUAGCGACAUUAUGCCUGGAGACAUCAUCGUCGUGACCGAUGCCAAGUUCAAGGGACAUAAGGGCCUGCAGAGCUACCACCAGAGCGUGGGCAUCGACCAGCCUCUUGUUGGCGUGAUUGGCGACUUUGAGCCGAAGAAGUCCAAGGUCAAGGUUUAUCAGGCAAAUCAGCACGUUGGGCAGCAGAGCGUUGAAUCUGUCAGUUAUCGUCUUGAAGAUUUGAAGAGCGGGGCCGUUAAGGUACGAGCAGCGUGCCAUGGGAUCUCUACUAAUCCCUUUCUGACGACAUUUUCUACUCAGAUCUACAGAGUACUGGAAGCGUAA